UGAACUGAAAGUAUAAUUUAUGUUUCGUUUGUGUAUUUGUGCUCCUUGAGACGAGGGCUUUGAAAUAAGAGCAAGGAAAACGUUUAUAAUCAUCCGACUAAUCUUCCUCUCUUUUAAGCCUCCUUCUCUAUGCGCCAUGUGUCUGUGUCAGGCUGCGGCUGCCCACCGCUUCGCCCCAACCUUAUCUUAUCUCUAACGCAGCUCCUCCACUCGUUUCUUCUUCUUUCUUCCUCUUACAUCCCAUCGCCAGGAGAUUAGCCAUGGCGAGCAGCCGAGCACCACCACAACAGGAAAACGGAAGAGUUAGACGCCGGCCGUCGGCACCAACAGCCGGAGCUCCUCCGUUGCAUCGCUGGAGGUGGCAUAGCGCCCAUGGAGGGGAGCCAUGGUGAGGACCACCACAACAGCGGGGAACCGGGAGGUGAUGCCGCCGAUACGAAUGGCGCUCGUCGAUGAACGCCGGUGCUGCAACGCACCAACGCGUCCAUGGCCGCCGUACUCGAGCGACGGCGGCGGAGCUGAAAUGGAGCUGCUCGACGGCGGCAGAGCUGCAAUGGAGCUGCUCGGCGCAGGCGACGGAGCUCCAAUGGAGCGCUCGACGCCGGCGGCGGAGCUGCAAUGGAGCUGCUCGGCGCAAGCGGCGAAGCUGCAAGUCGCGGGCUACGUAGUUGCAAUGGAGCCGCUCGGCACAGGCGGCGGAGCUUCAAUGGAGCGCUGGACGCCGGCGACGGAGCUGCAAUGGAGCAGCUCGGCGUAGGUGGCGGAGCUGCAAGGAAGCUGCAAGUCACCGGCUACGGAGCUGCAAUGGAGCGCUCGUCGACGCCUACCCCCCCUGCUCCGAUGCACCACUCCCGCGAGGGGUCCCGGUGCUGCAGCGCUGCGCUUGUGGGUGGCUCAGUGCAGCGUCAUCGGCGGCUCUUGGGGGCAGCCCGUUGCAGUGAAGCGCUGCUGCCAUGCCUAGAGUCUAUGGUGUUGCACGACUGGCGGCGGUAAUGUGUUUGCAAGGCGAGGAACGGCUUUGCUGCAAGGCGAGGAACGAGCUGGGCCGAGCCUGGUGCUGCGAGCGAGCGCGGCAUGGCGGCUGCGACUGCGAGCUAGAUCAGGGCCGCUCGCUGGAGCUCACCGCGUCUAUCUCAGGAAUCGCGUGUGCGUGGGGAUUUUUUUGAAUUGGCUGCGACGCGAGGAAGACGAGGCCACGUGCGGUCUUCUAUUGUGUGAGAGCGACGCGGUCUAUGUUGACUAAUCCAACGUAUCGAGGGAUUUGAUCGGACGGUUGGGGACUCGACUGUCGAAUGAUUCGUAGCAGCCGCCUAAGAGCAAUCGUGAAUCCGUUUUGACAAGUUAAAAAAUUCUUCACUAAGUUUCAUCUAUUAAUUUUUUUUGCAAGGGUCAUCUAUUAGAACUUGAUACGACAAAGGAUAAAAUCAUCAAGUUUUAAUAAAUACUAAAACUAAAAACCCUAACCCCCAAUCAUAAGCCCUAAGCCAUUAACCCUAAAAUAGUAAACUCUAAACCCUAAAACAAACGAAACUUGGUAAAAACUUAAUAUUAUGUUGAGUGAUCUAGUUUCUUUUCCUCAACUAAUCAGCCCAUGAAUUCAACGGUGGGCCUGGGCCUUUUUUCCCCUUCAAAUCAAAUAAGGUCAAGUCAGCAGGUUUGUAAAAAAACGUAAGGAUUUUACGUGGGUGUAGCAAAGCUCAUCUCCAACCAAAUGGACAAAUGAGGCACGCAUGGGACCUCCUAUGCACGGGAGAAUUGCUUUUUUCUGUUCUUAGAGCACCUUCAACACUUUCCAUAUCCAUAAAAUAACCAAGGUUUAGAGGAAGUUGGGCAAGAAAAAAAAACUCUUCAACAGUUGUCGUAAAUGUUACGGGGUGUCGUGUAUUCUCCAAAACACCCCUUCCAUCUAGGGUAAGAUGCCUCUUUCCGUAAAAGUGCCAUG